GCACUGCGAGCUCUCUCUCUCUCUCUCUCUCUCUCUGAAACAGAGGACGAGAGUCUUCUCUUUCUCUCUCUAGUUUAUAGGCUUCCAUGAGAGGUCGAAGCCACCAGUGAGGAAGAGGAAGCUGAGUUAAGUGAUCAUGGUGAAGUCCACUAGGAAGGUGAAGAACACCGGGAAGGUUGCUGCUGGCGCCGAGGAGACUGAGUCGUCUGUCGGCGUUCGAACUCGAGCCAGAGCCCUAGCUCUGCAGCGUCCCCGGAUGAAGGUUCCGGCGGCUCCGACCGGAAACGGCGACGCCGGAUAUCUGCAGCUCCGGAGCCGCCGCCUCGAGAGGACCCCGAUGGGGAAGUCCAAGAAACAGAGGCCGGGAGCGGGAAGGAAGCGGGGUUCGGGGUCAAACCCUAACCCUAGCGGAAAGACAAGCUCUGAAUUGGUGGAGGAGACUCUGAAAGUGGCGGCAGAAGAGGAGGAGAAGCCAGACGGCAAGGGUGAUCUGACGGAGCUUGAUGGUUCGCCUGGAGAAAAUUCGCCGGAAUUGGGAGGCAUGGAGAGGAGCCAAAGGGAGACCACACCUUGCAACAUGAUCCAGGUUCCAGAGAGCAUGAGAACCCCUGGCUUUGCUAACAGAUUCAUGCGCCCAACUGAGGCUCAGAAGAGGAUCCGCAGUGCCAUACAAGCCAAUGCUGCAGUGAUAGACGAGGCCAUGGCUGAAUACUUCGGUUAUUCAGAGAAGGAGCUGCAGAAGCAGUUCAAGGAGAAGUACAACUUUGAUCCCGUGAAAGAGGAGCCCCUCCCCGGCCGCUAUGACUGGGUGAAGCUGAAGCCAUAGGCGGGUAGUUCUCCCGUCAAGACUGCAAAUAAACAGCUAAAUAUAUCAUUACUUAGCAAAGGCGGAAACAGUUGCAGCAGUAGUUCUUUUAGUUUUCCAUUGCCCAUUAUUAUUGCCUUCUUGACCUGUAAAGGAAUUAGGGGUGGAGGGAAGUGUAGAGCAGCCCAAUGAUCUGCCAACAUAACAAAACAGAUAACAGCAGGGUGUUUUUGUCCGACAGAUCGUCUGAAAGGGGAAAGGAAAUAGUUUUCUUGUUUUACAGUUGAAUGAAUAUAGGUCAGUCUAGGCUGUUGAUACAGAAAGUUUGUUGGGUUUUUCUAGUCUUUCUAGCUUUAUUAUGUCCUCCCCUUCGCUGUCUAUACUUGUACUGAUGAAACUCCUUGCAGCUAGUUAGCAGAGUCUCUGCAGUAAACAUGGCCUUUGUUGUUGUUAUCAUCAUCAUCA